UCAUUCAUUAAUCAUGACUUUAUUAUUUUUGUUUUUUUAAAGUACGCCUUUAAAUCAUUUUUAAUGAGAUUACAUCUGCUAUUUUUGUCCAAGCUAAACAUCAAACAUCAAACACUGGCUGUUAUUCCAUAAACUCAAUUAGUAACUACUGAGGAACAAACUCGUGAGCGCCCUCUCUGAUGAGACUGUGCUACUGCGUUCCUCACCAACUGUAUUCUGGGCGGUUUCAGGUCAAAGUUCAACACAAAAUAAACGACACAAACAUGAAAUACGUUAAAUGUUAAAUAGGAAGGGUUGAAAUGCAAUAAAAUGUCCUACAAUUAUCUUUUUUUUAAAUAAAGCAUUAGAUUUAGACUUUUAUAUAUUUGGGGUUACAAUGGGGUUGUUUUGUCAAAUCGUGCAGUUGCUAUGGCAACCCCUAGCUACUUCCUGGCCCUUGGGUGUGAGGAUUAAUAGAGGAAUUCUGAAGAAAGAGGGAUGGAGUAGGAGGAGGAGGCAGAGGAGGAGUCAGUUCAAGGAGUAGAAAAGCCCCAGAGGGCAGAAAGGGAGCUCUGCUGAAGGCUUGUCCUCAUGCUGCUCAUCCAUGUGCUCCCGUCCUGCUCCUGCAGGAGACGCGUCCAGGAGGAGAAGUGAAGCUGCAGGAUCAGCUGCUGGAGCAGGAAAACCAGCCUUCUGAGCUCUGCUGGCAGGAGGAGGAGCUCCUGCCUGUUUUCAGGAGUUCCUCUCAAAACUCGGAUGGUGGCCUGGAAGCUUUGAGUCUGUGCAUGAACCUUUUGAUGGGAAGAGUUUGAUCCAUUUCUGGCUGAGGACCCCCCCUCCCUCUGAACCGUCCGGUGUGGGACUGAAGCCUGCAGGACUCCUGGAUCACACGGUUGUUGCUUUUUUUGGCUCAGCCGUGGCGGAGCAUGCACGGCACGCUGGUGAGGAUGCCGAAGUGAUUCAGAUGAUGGUUCUGCUGCUUGUGCCAUGCUGAGGGGGGGUCCAGCUGUCCUCGGUGUGUUUCUGUGCUUCAUGUUUCCUCCCAUGUUGACAUCGCCCUCCAAUCAGUGCCCUCGAACCAUCAUCACCCUGGUGGAGCAGCUCAGGAAACUCAACUGUCUGCAGGACUGCCCGGACUCCACGCUCUACACACCCGAUGUCCAGGACUUCAAGCAGAGAUGUCCCAGCACCACCCUCAGAUGCUUUGUUGCGGAGCUACAAGUCCUCAGAGCUGAGCUCACCCAUGAUGGCUGCAUCGCCGUCUCAAAUAGGACUGCCAGGAGACUUGAAGUGUGGUCAAAUCGGUACAAGACGGAGCAGGACUGUCUUCAGUGUGAGCUCCUGGAGGAGACAAGCGUCGACAAUUUCCUUCAAAGUCUUGUCUCCGUUCUGCAGAACAUUUGCAGUGAAUCUGCAUCCUGAAGACGGUUCCAGAGUUUCUGGUUCUCCUCCUGGGAACAGGAAGGACACUGAAGGAGGGACAGGAUGGAGCUGAGGACCCCGAAGGAUUUCUGUUCUGUGUUUGUGGAGCUGACGGAUGUGGAUCUCUGGAUCUGCUAGCCAGACGCCUGGAAGUCACAGCUGUGGGCCCCUCGGGGAGUUUCUGUGACGUCUCGUGGACCGGCCCUCCACCCGCCUUCAGAAACACGUGAAACUCUGAUCAAAGCCGUCGUUGGAGCCACCAUAAGUUUUUGCUGCGCAUGCAACGUGUUGUUUCUAGCUUUACCAAAAAUCUGGGGUUUAGGAUUGUUAAUUGGUGUUCUGAUUCAUCUCUGUCAGGGAAUUGGAAGUUUAUGUCCCGAAGCUUCAAAGGCUUCCCCCCCCCCCUCUAGAAAUGGUUUUAAUAAAAUAAUUCCAGUUGGUU